CUCUCGCGCGCGGCCGCUCUCGUCGUUCACAGGGUGACACGUCCGCGGUGAGUGAGUGGCGUUGGCAGGCUGUCAAUCCUCACCGGAGCGGCCAUCAAACACCGUGAAACACACACGGGCGCCGGGCGGCGGGGCCCAUAAAUUCCGGCGGGCCGAUAUUUUUGCACAUUGCUUUGCAGAGAGUGUGUAAUUAAUUUUUUUACAGUUCUUUCCCCGUUAUUUCCGCUCUUUUCUUUGCACAAGUUCAAACUUUUGAUUGCUGCUGUUUCCCCCCCGUUGCACAGACUUGGGAUCGUUUGUUAUUUUUUUUGGGGGGGGAGGGCGAUUAAUUUGAUUUUUUUUUUUCCCCUCUGUGAUUGUGUUUUCUUGGCUUUUUUAUGUUGCAAUUUGGGGGUGGGGGUGUUCGCUGGUUUGUUGUGGUUUUUGCUGUUUGCCACCCUCCGAACUUCUGAAGGAUUUGAAAGCAAGUUGGGUUUUUUUAAUUAUUUUUGUAUUCUUAUUUUUUAAUAAAUUUUGCCUUUUUUUGCAAAAGAAGAUUUUUUGGACAAGUGGGGAAAGACAUAAAAAGCAACAAUAAAAAUAAAUUAUUAAAAAAAAAAGCUUUGGAGGAAGAUUGUACCAGGAAAAGAAAACUGCACAGAAACCUUAUCAACUCAUUUAUCCAAGCCACAAAUAUGAUGAUGAUGAAAGAAGAUUGUAACUAAAGAAGAGAGUGAUUUACUGCACCGGGAAGAAGAGAGUGGAAUAAACAGCUGAGAUCCGGUCAAAACACAAAUACUGAUUUUUUGUUGUUGUUGUUUUGUUUGGCUUUUUUUUUUCUUUCUUUUUUUCUUUUCUUUUUUUUUUUUUUCCUCCUUUUUUUCCUUUUGGUGUGUGUGUGCAAGAGCGAAGUAAGGAGCCCGGCGCUGAGGCUGACUCGGGCACCCGUGGUCGCUCGGUUGUUCCGUCGGUCUGUCGGCCGGCGCUCCCGCUCCCCCCGCAGCCCGGCGCUCCUCCGCCCGCAGCCGGCCCGGGCCGCGGCGGAGCCAUGGACGAUCAGUCCCGGAUGCUGCAGACGCUGGCCGGCGUGAACCUGGCCGGGCACUCGGUGCAGGGGGGCAUGGCCCUGCCUCCUCCCCACGGACACGAAGGGGCAGACGGCGACGGCAGGAAGCAGGACAUCGGCGACAUCCUCCAUCAGAUCAUGACCAUCACUGACCAAAGCCUGGAUGAGGCACAAGCAAAAAAACACGCACUGAACUGCCACAGGAUGAAACCCGCCUUGUUCAGUGUCCUCUGCGAGAUCAAGGAGAAAACAGGUUUGAGCAUCCGAGGAGCCCAGGAGGAAGACCCUCCCGAUCCCCAGCUAAUGAGACUAGACAAUAUGCUUCUGGCAGAAGGAGUCUCAGGUCCGGAGAAAGGUGGGGGAUCGGCGGCAGCAGCUGCAGCCGCAGCAGCCUCUGGAGGGUCUUCAGAUAACUCUAUUGAACACUCAGAUUACAGAGCCAAAUUGACCCAGAUCAGACAAAUCUAUCACACAGAGCUGGAGAAAUAUGAACAGGCAUGUAAUGAAUUUACCACACAUGUGAUGAACCUUCUCAGAGAACAGAGCCGGACACGUCCCAUUUCUCCCAAGGAGAUUGAAAGGAUGGUGGGCAUCAUUCAUCGAAAAUUCAGCUCCAUCCAGAUGCAGCUCAAACAAAGUACUUGUGAAGCAGUAAUGAUUUUAAGGUCAAGGUUCCUUGAUGCCAGACGGAAAAGGCGUAACUUCAGUAAACAAGCCACAGAAAUCUUGAAUGAGUAUUUUUACUCCCACCUCAGUAAUCCCUACCCCAGUGAAGAAGCCAAAGAAGAGCUGGCAAAGAAAUGCAGCAUCACAGUAUCACAGGUGUCCAAUUGGUUUGGAAAUAAGAGAAUCAGGUACAAGAAGAACAUUGGGAAGUUCCAGGAAGAAGCCAAUCUCUACGCGGCAAAGACGGCUGUGACUGCAGCGCACGCCGUGGCCGCGGCCGUCCAGAACAACCAGACAAACUCCCCCACCACACCAAACUCUGGUUCUUCUGGUUCUUUUAACCUCCCAAAUUCUGGGGACAUGUUCAUGAACAUGCAGAGUCUGAAUGGGGAUUCUUACCAGGGGUCCCAAGUCGGAGCCAAUGUGCAGUCACAGGUGGAUACCCUGCGUCAUGUUAUCAAUCAGACGGGAGGAUACAGUGAUGGCUUGGGAGGAAAUUCACUGUACAGUCCACAUAAUUUAAAUCAAUGGGAUCUGACAGUGCUCAGACCCUUGUAGGCUGGACCCCAGAGCCUGCACACGAGGCGCCAGGAUAAAUAAAUGCCAAGAUCUAUUCUUCUGUCGGCGUGAAAGCCUGGGAUGAAAUACCACCCACAGCAGCAGCCUCUGUGGCAAGGGCUCCACGGCAGAUCCUUUCAUCCUUCAUUUCCAGCCUGCUUCCCUCAUUUACAAUUUCAACAAUUAAUGCUUUAAUAUUUCUUUCUUCAUGUUUCAUAUUUGCUUGAGAGGUGACUUGCAUUUGUUUUCCUUCAUAUCCAUGGAAUUUAAAAUCAGUGUAGAGAACUCCCUGUCUAGUGACCAUCUCCUCCCUACCUGGGGCCAGCCUUGUAUCUCACAACCCACUCUGGAUUGAGGUGUGGGUGCUGAGCACUGUUGGGACCUCACAGAGAGGAUGGCUGCAGGAAGAUGGGGAGACCCAGUGUCAGAUACUGCAGCCAGAGGGAAUAGGAGGUUUUUCCCCUUUUUUUGGAUUUCCACUUGCCACGAGAGUAAAUAUUAAUAAUUUAAAACGUGAUUGAAGAUGUUCAAUUGUAAAGGGAAAAAAGUACCAUUAAAUACUCAAAUCUUUUACAUUUGAAAUGUCAAAUCUUUCUUUUUGGGUUUAUAAAUAACUCAUAAUAACCCACAACAAACCAUAUAAAAAGCCUUUUAGUUGCAUUUCUCCUUUUUCAUUUAAGUGUUUUGAAAUGCUUCAGAGAAUUUGCGAUAUCCUUAUCAACAUGAUAAAAUAUGAAACUGUGAUUGCCUGCAGCAUUUUACAGACAUGAAUUCCAUCUUCACUGAUGAGGCCUGAUAAGGCGCUGUUGUAUAAUACAGUGCAUAAUCUCAAACCACCAGAGUAAGGAUUAAUUUAUUUGAAAAAAAGAAUGCUUGCUGACAACCUCUCCUCCAGCUGCCAAGCUGAGUAAAAAUAUUGUACAUUUGUUGUUUAUAAAUUUGGAUAAAAGAGGAAUGAUGUUUACUUCAGAUGGAAUAUCUUUAGACUCAUAUCUGCACAAGAGUUUUUCUUUCUCUAAGUAGAUUCUCCUAUCUUUAAAAAAUAAAAAAGGCAGCAGAACCUCUGCCUUUGGAGCAGGGUUUUGUACGUUUUCAGUCUGUGUCUGAACAGCUGAGUGCUUUAAAGCAGGGGGGGUGGUUUGGUGUGACUGCAAGGUUGGUGUUGCUGUUAAUUUUACUGAAGAGAAGCCAAACUCAAACCUUGGAAUUUGUCAGCAUAAGAGCUCCUCUGCUGUUUUUCAUCUGCAAAGGAGAUAAUUACCGAGGCUUCUUUCUCGUCCUCUCGGGGCCAUAAAGCAUUUCCUUUCCUUGUGAUAGAUGAACAGUUUUUUUAACGUAAACCCUCGCCAGGCUGGGUGCGGAGGUUUGAGGGGUGGCUGUGAUUGAGGGGCAACGGCCAGGCAGGCCCCACAUGAUGCCGUUGCACCUCCUGCCCCUUCCUCCUAGGACAGAGCGAUGUUGCCAUGGCCCGGAGUGCCGAGCCAGGCCGCGGGUCGUUUUGGUAACGAAGCUCGUCAUAAGCACAUUAGCAUAGGCUAACCUUUCCCUGCCGGGAAGCGUCCCUGCCAAGGCCGGGGGCGCCGGCAGCGCGGGGCCGGGCGGCUCUGGCGGGCUCUGCGGAGAGCCCUCCCCGUCACUUCCACUCAGCGUCCCCCAACUCAGGAGCCCCGCGCCUCCCUGUUCCUGACUGACAUAAAAAUAUGUAGCGACAAGCUGUCUGCCACAGCAGAAAUCUGAUCAGACAUUGAUUUCAGCAAUUGCCUCGAUCGGCCGAGACAUAAGGCAAAUUUGCUCCUGAGCGCUGCUCUGGCUGAGGCAGGUCUGACGCGGCGAGGGCCGGCGGCGUGCGGAGACAUGGAGCCGCGGCCGAAACGGGGGCCGCGUUUAGAGAUAAUUGGAGAACCGAUCCGAGCUGCCCCUUGCCGCUCCUGUGCUGGCAGAUGGUGUGUGCAGGGACCCGGGCUGGCUGGGUGCAGCAGCUCUGCAGAGGGCCGGAGAGAGGCGAUUCCAAACUUUGGGAGACGAGGGGGUUAAACACGGAUCACCUCAGACUCGUCUUCUCAGGGGAAAAAGCUGACGUGUCGGCUACAGGGAUGUUCUUCAUUAAAGCGCGGAUGGUCGCUGCAGAAAUCCCCAAGUCCUAAUUGCAGCCAACAUCUGGCUGAACAGCUCCUGCUUCUCCGUCUCGCCUUUCCGCUGAGGCUCGCUGUUAGCGCAGCUCCUGCUUCCAGCGGCCCUUGCCUAACGCCCACCGCUUUUUCCUUUCCCAAAUCCUGCAGCCAGAGGGAGCGUAGGAGAAUCUCCUUCCCAGAGCAUCUCCUCCCAAACCCCGCGCUCGCCAGGCUGAAACCUUUCAGUGUGCGGUGUAAUUAAUAUGCAUAAUUGUGUCAAUUGAAUUGUU